CCCAGAUUACCACAGAGGAAAAAAAAAAAACAAAAAACAAACACACUGGAACCUGGGGUAUAAGUCACCAGUAAACUUCUACAAGGGGUGAUGGCUGUGGCCCUUGGUUGUGCAAUCCAGGCCUCCUUGAAUCAGGGCUCUGUGCUGCAAGAGUAUGACACUGACUGUGAAGUCUUCCGACAACGGUUCAGGCAGUUCCAAUACACAGAAGCAGCCGGGCCUCAUGAAGCAUUCAACAAACUCUGGGAGCUUUGCUGUCAGUGGCUGAAGCCAAAGAUGCGUUCUAAGGAACAGAUCCUGGAGCUGCUUGUGUUGGAACAAUUCCUAACUAUUCUGCCCACAGAGAUAGAGACAUGGGUACGGGAACACUGUCCAGAGAAUAGAGAAAGAGUUGUAUCUCUGAUAGAAGACUUACAGAGAGAACUUGAGAUACCAGAACCUCAGAUUGACAUGGAUGACAUGCUUUUGGAAGAAUUGGCACCUGUGGGAACAGUAUCCAUGCCACCAAACCUGCACCUGGAGUCAUCUGCACUCCAGGUAAUGGAACCUGCCCAGGAACCCCCAGUGGCAGAGGCCUGGAUGCCACAAGCAGGGCCACAGGAGCUGAACUAUGGUGCUAGUGGUGAAUGCCAGCCCUUUUUGGAUCCUGGAUAUAAUCUACCAAAGCUUGAUAUGAACUUCCCAUUGGAUCAUAGAGAAGAUUCAUGGGUGAAAGAGUUACAGGAGUCCAAAGAAAUGAAACAAUUACUUGAUUCCAAGAUAGGUUUUGAGAUUGGGAUAGAAAAUGAAGAAGACCCUUCAAAACAGAAAAAACUGGAAAAUAUGUAUCCAUUUAUUGUAACUUUAGAGGGGAAUGCUCUCCAUGGUCCCAUUUUACAAAAAGACUAUGUGCAGUUAGAAAACCAGUGGGAACCACCUCCAGAGGAUUUACAGACAAAUUUAACAAAACUUGUAGAUCAUCAGAACUCCACUGUAGGAGACACACCUGAGAGUGCCAAUGCCAACUUAGAAGAACCUCUCAAUCCUAAGCCCCCAAAGAAAAAGAGUCCUGGAGAGAAACCUCAUCGAUGUCCUCAAUGUGGAAAGUGUUUUGCUCGGAAGUCACAACUCACUGGGCACCAGAGAAUUCAUUCAGGAGAGGAACCUCACAAAUGUCCUGAAUGUGGGAAAAGGUUCCUUCGUAGUUCAGACCUUUAUAGACACCAACGACUUCAUACAGGAGAGCGACCCUAUGAAUGUACUGUAUGUAAAAAGCGAUUCACUCGGCGGUCACAUCUUAUUGGGCACCAGAGAACCCAUUCUGAAGAAGAAACAUAUAAAUGCCUUGAGUGUGGAAAAAGUUUUUGUCAUGGGUCAAGUCUUAAAAGACAUCUGAAAACUCAUACAGGUGAAAAACCUCAUCGAUGUCAUAAUUGUGGGAAAAGUUUUAGUCGACUGACAGCACUUACUUUGCACCAGAGAACACAUACUGAAGAAAGACCUUUUAAAUGUAAUUAUUGUGGGAAAAGCUUUAGACAGAGACCAAGCCUUGUAAUUCAUUUAAGAAUCCACACAGGGGAAAAGCCAUACAAGUGUAGUCAUUGUUCUAAAAGCUUCAGACAGAGAGCAGGCCUUAUUAUGCACCAAGUCACUCACUUUAGAGGGCUUAUUUAAAAAUUGUUAAGGGAAACAGAUUCUGUAAAAAUUAACACAGUCACACAAAAAACCUGUACCAAUUAUAGCCUGCAGCAGCCUGUUUGUCUUGAAAGAAUAUUUUUGUUUGAACUACUUUUUGAGGUGGGACUAUUUUCAAAAUCCAUCUUUUAAGGCAUAUCAGUUCUAAAGUAACUACUUGUUCUUGUACUAUUUUCUGGAUUCGAUUUAUUCUGGCUCUACAACUCUUUUUUUAUUGUAAUGGAAAAAUUUGUGUUCCAAGGCAACCAUAUGAUAAGCAUAAGGAUAGAGUAUAUAAAUGAUGACAGUCCUUUUAGAAGUAGAGCCACUGUAAUAAAUAUGCAUGUCAAGCUGACAUCCACUACAGCACUACCACAUCUAUUCUGCUGUAUAAUUAUUAUGAUGUGAGAUCCAAGCUUUACAUGUCCCCAGAGUGGCAAGAAACAGACGAUUAAUUUUGUCAAACAAUAAAAAAUAUGUUUGGAACACUAGGAUGGAGAUUUCAUUAACCUAGUAGGAGCUGGGUCAUCUCCAUUGAUGUUUUUUAUGCUUAAAGAAGUUAAUAUUUAACUUUUACUUUGGAAUUUUGAAAAGUUUGCUGGUCUGCUUAGUUGGCAGCCUGUGGUGAUGGUGGUUAGAGUGAAGUAUUAAUUUCAUAAUUGUAUUCUAGGUCUAGCCGAAAUCACUUGACUGGGUAAAGUUACAUACAUAGAAUCUAAUUUUAUGUAGAUGGACUAAAGAACCAGUAUCUGUGGCCAUUUGCUCUCGUUUAGUAUUCACUGGCAUGUCUGUCAAUGAUUUUGAAAUCUUACCCAUUCUUUAGUCCAGUAUCUUCCUAUGUGUGUGUCAUAGAAUACUUAGUUCUUCAAAAUGCUCUGCAAACCAUUUGGGGAAUUGCUUAUAGCUGUUUGUCCUUCUUGGAUUCAUGGUGCUCAUCAUCACAGGACUCUUAGAAAGGUCCUAACUAGUAAAGGAGGAUACAGCACUUCUUUUGGCUCUAUGCUUUCCAAACUUUUCUAACUCCAGAACCCUUCAAGUACGCAUAGUAAUAACCCACAGAUCUAAUAUUCUGAAAUUAUCCCUUGGAACACGCUGCCUUAAAUAUAUUUAUACCUAUCAGUGUAGUCCUGUUGCUCCCAACCUAGUUAUUUUCAGUUGUUUCAAGGAUGCUAUGAAAAUUUCUUUGAAAAUAUACAUCUUUUGUAUUAUACACACAUAUCAUUUCAAGGAGGUGAAGAUUAAUAAUUUAUGUUACCCAGUGAUCCUUAGCCUCUCUGAAUUUUCAUUACACUUACACACACAUAUACAGACAUCAUUUUGAGGUGAGGGUCACUAAUUCAGAUGAUUUAUAAGUACUCAAUGAUUCUGAACCUUUUUACAUUUUACUUAUAAACACCACACAGUUGCUACUUACGUAAGUGUUCUCAUGUAAUCAUAGUAACAACUCAAAUCCCAUACCCUGGGAAGAAGUUUCAUUAUCAGCUAAAGCUGUUGAUACAUGAAAAUAUUAGUUAAGCUUAUUUCUUUGUUUUAAAAUACAAAAAAUGGGACAUUCAAGCAUUUUUCCUUUCAUGAAGAUAUCCCAUCAUCCAUAAACUAAAACUGGGGAAAGUAUAUCUCUUCUACUGCAUUGAAGUUCUAGGAAGUAAUACAUAAGUGUUUUGGGGGUAUGUGUUAUGUGCCUAACUAGUCCUGUUCUAGGCUUAAUGAAAGCUAGUAACAAAAUAUAUGUCAUAUGUAAGGCUCAUAAAGAGUUUAUUAUAUCUAGUUAAACAAGAGUUGGGAAACAAAUAGAGAAAAAGGCAAGAGAGUUUAUAAUUAAGUGCCAAAUCAUAUCAAGUGCCAGAGCCAGGAUAUAUCUUUAAUUCUUGGCAUCCAGGUCCCUGUAUGAUGCUGCUAUAAGUCUGGGAUUAAAAUUAGACCCCACUAACAAUAAACACAUACUAUGGGAGGAGUCUGAAUGUAGUGAUGAAAAAUACUGAAUGUAAUGGCUUCUCUUUCUCUCUUGUGGAAUUGCAUUCAAACCAGAACAGUGCCUUACAAUGGAUGUGCCCAACUGCUCUGUAUUUAUACACUCUUCUAAUAAAGUAGAAAUGUA